AUGUCACAGGAAUCACAGAGUGCCGGGGUGCGCAGGAGAAGGCGGAGGUUGCGGGAACUCAAGGAGCACCGAAUGGAGCGGCGCAUGCAUUCCGACCAUAUCUUCCACUACAACGUGCACUGGCGGAUCAUAUCCUACUUGAUGGACAAAUCGACAAAGGCCCCGCUCGUGGUGCACGGAAUUAGAGGUUCGGGCAAUUCCAUCCUGGCGAUGUCGGAACAAUUGAGCAAGAUCUUGCUGGCCAAGACGCCCAUGCUCGUGUUAAGGUUUCUCGGUACAGCAGUGGAGAAUUCUUCCGUACUGCCUCUGCUUCAGAGUCUGGUGCAACAACUGAGUAUGCUGGGGAAUCAAAGCCCACGAACCGGCCUGACCGUUGAGCUCCUAAAAGUCCAGUUGAAUCUGCUCUUAAAGCACGGCACGGCAGAGUGCCCACUCGUGGUCAUCUUGGACUCGCUUGACCAGCUGGACACCUCUCACAAUGGCCGCUAUUUGAUGUGGCUUCCGGCCUCCCUGCCGCCUCACUGUAAGAUUAUCGUGUCAUCACUUCCGGAGGAGAAAUACGAGACGUUUCCGGCCCUCAAGAAAUUAUUUCCUGACGAGGAUAGGUACAUACAGGUCCCGGAACUAGAUCAGAGGGAUGCACACAGCAUAGUGGCAUCGUGGGCGCAGAAAUGGAACCGGACGUUGACUCAGACCCAGAUGGAACUCCUGCUGACCACAUUCCGGAAGUGCCCGACACCGCUGUUCUUAAAGUUGAGCGCGGUGCAGACGGUGCGUGCGUGUUGAACUGGUACCACCGUCAAUUUACGGAAAGUGCGCACGGGCUCUACUGCGCAGACGAAGCGAAGAACAAGCGUCUCCAUGGCAACCUAGCUGAUUUCUUCGCGGGAGCCUGGGAAAAUGGUAG